GACAACCGUAAAGAAACAGCCUUCAUAUUCCAGAAAGACCAGUCAGAGAGGAACAAGAACCGGCCACUGAAUCCUCCACGGUACAGACCUCCCUAUUACAACCGGAAGAGAUGGGGAAAUGACGUCACACGAAAACCGCCGACGUCACAGUGAGAGGGCCGGGUAGCCAGCAGAACAACACAAUAGACUAACUAUCGGGGGGCGCCAUCUGGCGUGGUUAAUUAAAGCAGCGCCAUCUUGAAAGUGUUCGUGGUCAUCUGCUCUUGGCCUUGGGAGCUGGUGAUUUUGGGGGUUAAGAUUUUUUUUUCUCCAUAGGGUUUGUCUCAGACGACAAGAAGACCCCAGGAUGUUAGGUAAGAGAGCUGAUAGGAUAGGUGGGAAGCUGUGUGCUUUGUCGUGCCCGAGAGUGUGUGUGACGUGUAUACAGGAAGAAUAAUGUAUGGAUGAGUAUACACGAUGAAUAAUGUAUGUAUGUGUAAGUUUGCCAGGCCGAAGGGCUAGAAUUCAAGUGGCCACUGGAUCGGAAAUGUAAGUGUGUAAGUGCGUACGUUGUGGAAAAGGGUAAGAGACAGAAAGGCGAGAGUAUAUUACAUAUGGGCCUCUUUGUCUUGCGAGUCACUACGUGUUUGUUCAACUGCCUGCCCCUAUCGUUAUGAUGUGUCCAGAGGUAUGAGCGGAAGUGCGCGGACAGACCGCCAAAAGCACCGGAACUGACGCGGAAACAUGACGGGAGAAGUUGUACAAAGACAGACGGCAGGAAGAGCCUACUAAACAGGCUAUGUCAAGACCAAAAACCUCAUUACAAAACUCAUCUCAGGUCAGAAGGUCUCAGCGCGGGUGCAUCAACUCAACACUGUCUCGGCCCCUGUGACUGUCUGGGUAUGUACAGGACUGGCAUAGAGCAGGAGGACUGGACAUCUUACCUCUGAGGGACCGUGCUGUCUUGUAACUGUGACUGUGAGCUCCUUACCCCUGAGGGACCGUGCACUCUUGUAACUGUGAGUGUGAGCUCCUGUCAUAUCAUUGAGGAGCAUUUGCAUGGUUGGAUGAUGCGCGCAUUCAUGAUAUUAUUACGAUCUCCAAAGCCACUCUAAAAUGUCAGUGUGGUUUCCCAUCUAUUUGAUUUUCUCACCGGUCUUGUGUGUAAACAUCGCCAACACCAUAUGCAUUCAGUGGGACUUUAAAGAUUUGUCGCGAACUUUCCUUCUCUCCAUUUCACACGUAGAUGAAUAACGGAACAACUGCUGUUCUGCUUAUACGGCAUGAAACAAAACAAUUCUUUUAUUGAAGUGCAAGGGAGAUUUCAAGUUACAAUAUCCUGAUGUGGUUGCUCAGGGAAAGCUGGGUUUUAGAGAGAGGCGUGUGUGUGUGUGUGUGUGUGUGUGUGU